AUGGUGCUUGGACGAAGAUUACCGCAAUCGUCGUAUUACGACCAGAAAAACCGCCCUUCAGCGUCUCUAUAUCGCGCUCGGCAGCCCUAUCUGGUGAAGAAUGCCAUAACAGGUCUUUGCAUUUUCGCCUUCGUGGCGGGAGUUUACACGUUUACUAUUCGAGCCGUUGGCCAGGAUGACUUCUCCGACGUCACGGUUCCAGAUGCACCAGUGAAGCCGGCGCAAGCACCGCACAUGAGCACCGUGAAAGGAGCUUGA